CACACACACACACACACACACACUUACACACAGUCUCUCCACACACUCUUACUGCAACCUCGUAGAUCGCAGAGCAGAGCUUCAAGCAGCAUUUCUCCUCUGGGAAUUCUUCACGCUACAGAACGUGUUUACUUAAAUCUGGAUUCUUCUUAAGCAUGCCUGUCGUUCACACCGUGCUUCUGGAAGUCUGGAAGGACUGUGAGGAACUUCAGAGAACUUUUCCUGGUGGUUUGCUGGAACACGGUGUCAAUUGUUGAUGGUUCUUGAUUCUCCAGAUUUUUUUGGUUCUGUCCUGGAUUUUGGAGAAAUUUUGCACACUUUGAGAAGACACGUUGUAGAACCUGAGGACUCUGGUGUGAGGAAUCUUCUACAUCACGACUAUGUGGUUUCGACUUCUCCUCGCCUCGUUAUUCCGCGUGCGGGAUGUGUGUGUAAGGUACGGGUUCUCCGUGUGCUCAUGCUGAACGGGACUCCUGCGCGUAUCCAGUGCGUAAAGCUGAGCCAAAUGAUUCCUCUUCUUCUCCUCUCUCUUCUGUUGUCUCUUCUUCAUGGGUCGGAGGCAGAAUCCACGCUCCUCGCUAAGCUUCACCACUCCAAUGGAAAAGAGCACAAUGGGGUUCAGGAGUCUCAGCAUGAGAAGGUCUUGAUGAUCAGCGGCGACGGCGUCGUCCACAGUCCCGGGUUUCCACACACUUACCCACGCAGCACUGUGAUCGUGUGGAGACUCGUGUCAGCCAGUGAAAACUCCAGGAUACAGCUGACCUUUGACCCCCGCUUUGGCCUGGAGGAUCCUGAGGACGGCGUGUGCAAGUAUGAUUACGUGGAAGUGGAGGAACCUGAUGGAGGGAUGGUGUUGGGUCGUUGGUGUGGUUCUCAGUCUGCUCCUGGCCCUCAGACGUCCAAAGGGAACCAGAUUCGCAUUCGCUUCAUUUCAGACGAAUACUUUCCCUCAGAGCCAGGUUUCAGCAUCCAUUACUCUGUCCUGCAGCAGAAGCCGUCCGUGCCCGCCGUCAUGCCCUCGGCUCCGCACAGCGUGGAGGCUCUGAGUGAAGCCGUGUCUGAAUUUGGCACAGUGGAGGAGGUCCUGAAAUACCUGGAGCCUGAUCGCUGGCAGCUUGACCUGGAGGAGCUUUACAAGCCGCAUUGGCACGUCCUGGGCAAGUCCUUCUUCCAACAGAAAAAAAACAGAGGCGUGGUGGAUCUGAACCUGCUCCGGGAGGAGGUCCGGCUCUACAGCUGCACUCCUCGUAAUUACUCGGUGUCCCUGAGAGAGGAGUUAAAGAGGACGGACGUGAUUUUUUGGCCCAGCUGCCUGCUGGUGAAGCGAUGUGGUGGAAACUGCGCCUGCUGCUCCAACAACUGCUACGACUGUCAGUGCACGCCCACUAAAGUGACCAAAAAAUACCACGAGGUCCUGAUGCUGAAGUUCAGACCGGGUCGAGGCUCGCUCAAGUCGCUGACGGACGUGGCGUUGGAGCAUCACGAGGAGUGCAACUGCGAGUGCAAGAACGACUGAACGAGGAGCUUCAAGGAGGAAAUAUUUAUUCAAUAGACUUCUUUUAAUUGAGCGGUCCAGCUAAUGAACCCGAGAGAUAAACGUGUUUCAGCUGGACUCGGCUCCUCUACUGGUCAUCUCACAGAUCUGUGGGAAAAAAAACUCUUCUCUGGUCCAGAUAUUUUGUUCAGGAUGAUGGAUCUUUUAACAUUUUCAAUAUGGACAAAAUGUUUUGUUAUCCAAAUAUGCUUCCAAUCACGCUCCAGAAAAAAGACGUGAUUAUUUUCUGGUUUCAUUUUUCACCUUCUGACGUUCUUCAUCCUUCUCCAAACCUCACUGGAUUUUUUUAUGAUUCUUUUGAUACCAUGAACCUCUUCACCGGAGGUCCCUGUGGACCAGAGGACAACCUCCAACUCUUACUAAACGUACAUAUUAAAGAGGAUAGAGGACAGAUAGAGAGGACAGAGAGAGAGGACAGAGAGAGAGGACAGAGAGAGGACAGAGAGAGAGAGAGGACAGAGAGAGAGAGAGGACAGAGAGACAUCUGCGUAUGUCUUCUUUCCACUAUGUUUGGCUCUGUAUGAAUGAUGAGAGCGCCUCUUUCAUCUGCGUUCUCCUGAACACGAGGCUAGGAGAACGUUCCGGGAAACAAAAGAGUGCAAAAUAAAAAAUACAAUUCUUUUUUUCAUUGUCCUAUCUACAGCUCAUUCAUCAGGCUUCCCGUGAUGGGGUUGGAGAUGAGUGAGGAGGUGUGAGCGAGCUCUUUUUGUAGAUUGAUGUAAAUAGUCUUUCGUCUUCUGGUUUUCUUGAGUUUUGUAUCUUUAUUUUUAUCCAUCAUGUGUUUUUUUAUGCAGCUCGUACCGUCUCACAGUCUUACACACGUUUCCCUUUAUUAAAGAGUUAAUCAGUCCAUCAGCAAAACCCACAUUGUUAAAGAGCUCUUAUAGGAUCGUAUUCACAAGAUAUAUCUAGAGACAAAUAAUGUUCUUUUAAUCAUUUUGUUUGGAAUUUUACUUCCCUUUUAAAUCCUAGCAUAGAGAUUAUUUGGGUUAUAUUAAGAGUAAAGGCAAAAAAAAUGUUGAUAUCACUUUCAAGGAACUUUCAAAGAUAUAUAAGAACAAAAUGUGAAUAAUUAACUGUUGAUUUUAACACCCCCCCCCCCUCCCUCCCUUUAAAACACCACUCACACAAAGCUCCAAUCCCAAAUAUAACCCCAUUCAUCAUGCAAAGGUCUGCCCCUUACACAGAGCUCCACCCCUCGGGCAAAGCCGCGCCCCCACAUGAUGCUCUUGUAUAACAUUUACAUUUACAGCAUUUGGCAGACACCCUUAUCCAGAGCGACGUACAUAAGUGCUUAAAUCUAUAACAUUGAAUUUUUUAUUUUUUUUAAUGCAAAAGAUAAGGAAAGAAGUGCUAGUUGAAGUGUUUCCUGAAUAAGUAGAUCUUCAACCGCCGCUUGAAAAUAGUAUAAAAAGUGGAGGUGUUAAUUCAGUGCCCUAAAGAGUUCAUUUAACACUGUGAGUUUUGCUGUAUACAGGUAUAGACAGGUAUAAACCGGUAUAUACAGGUAUAAACUGUUAUAGACAGUUAUAAACUGGUAUAUACAGGUAUAGACUGGUAUAGACAGGUAUAAACUGGUAUAGACAGGUAUAGACUGGUAUAGACAGGCAUAAACUGGUAAAGACAAGUAUAAACUGGUAUAUACAGGUAUAGACUGGUAUAAACUGGUAUAGACAGGUCUAAACCAGUAUAGACAGGUAUAAACUGGUAUAAACUGAUAUAUACAGGUAUAUACAGAUAUAAACCGGUAUAUACAGGUAUAAACUGUUAUAUACAGGUCUAAACCGGUAUAGACUGGUAUAGACAGGCAUAAACUGUUAUAUACAGGUAUAGACAGGUAUAAACUGGUAUAGACAGGUCUAAACUGGUAUAGACAGGUAUAAACAGGGAUAGACACAAAAUAAAUAUUGCUUAAAUGUAAAGUGGUUCAAAGUAAAGGCGAUUUCAUGCAUAUCUCCAUGUCCUGGACUUUUAAACACCAAUCAUCACAUCAAAUUAUUCUAUUCAUCCAUCCAUUCUUUUUUUCUACUGGAAGUUUGAUUAUUUCUAAUUAAUCGGCCUGUUAGACGUGUCCUCGUUGUAUAUGUGCUUUCUAACAGCUGUCUUCUGUGUAUUUUAUUUAACUCCAUGUGCAAAAUGGUAAAAAAAUAACAGACUGGAUUUGAUGCUUCGCAUUGCAAUGGUGCGUGCGUGUGUGUGUGUGUGUGUGUGUGUGUGUGUGUGUGUGUGUGUCUGUGUGUGCGCACGUGUGUGAGAUUAAUGUUUUUCUCCUGAAACUUCUCUGUAUUGUUCUUUGACCCAUAAACCAUUAAACCCACAUUCAGACUUCA